GGUUUUUAGUAGCGCGAAUAAGAGCAAAUACAUACAGUUACUCUCGUAGUCUUUGAUUAGGUGUUCAAAGAAUUUAAGCGCUUUGUUUUUUAACAGUAUUUUGUUUCGUGAAUCGUGACAGUGAAGGCAGUUUUUCGGACAUCUUUUCGCAUGUGACCGUGUUGAUGCAAAAGCUAAUAUAUGCCCUUCUACUUACGCCCAUUAUUGAGUGUGAUUGUUCCUUGAUAAUUCGAUCUUUGUCACACACUCUGAGUGAUUCAGUUAGUCGUUGCCAAUCUCUUUGUUGCCCGCUAAUGAAUUACUUAAGUUGAAACUUAGUUGCAAGAACGUCAACUACAUUAUAACGUGUCUUCGCUGUACUGCAUGACGCAUCGGGAUCGGCAGGAUGGUGUACCGCUGUGACGAGCUCAGUCUGUCCUAUCAAAGAUUCUACGAAUCAAAGGACCAAUGGGAUUCGGUGAGUUCGCACUCCCAGAAAGGGAUCGACUUCCUGGAGACCUACGGUCGCUUCGUCAAGGAGCGCUCCACCAUCGAGGCAGACUACGCCAAGAGUCUCAGGAAGCUGGUGAAGACGUUUCUGCCAAAAAAGAAAGAAGACUCGGAGAAGUUUACGGUGCUGGUGGCGUUUCGCGACAGCAUUAAGGAGACUGGCGACAUGGCGGGUCAGCACGAGCUCAUUGCCGAGGACCUUAACCAGCACAUCGUCUCCAGAGUGCACGACCUCAUCAAGGAGCUCAAGGAGGAGCGCAAAAAGAACUUGGCAGAAGGAGCACGACUGCAGCAGCAGUUGUCAACCUCACAUCAGCAGCUUGAAAAGGCCAAGAAAAAUUAUGAAAAAGCAUUUAGAGAGGCAGAAAAAGCGCAAGAUAACUAUCAACGGGCAGAUGCUGAUCUCAAUCUUUCUCGUGCCGAGGUGGAAAAGACCAAGAUGAGCCUCAGCAUCAAGAGCCAGAACAGCGAAGACCACAAAAAUGAAUACGCUAACCAACUGCAAAAAACUAAUGCCCUUCAGAACGAGCACUAUAACUCGCUGCUUCCUGGCGUUAUGCAGAAUUUUCAAGAGCUGGACAUGAAGAGAAUAAAAGACUUCAAGAACUUAUUGAUACAGAGCACACAAAUUGAGCGCCGCGUUUACCCAAUACUUGAAAAAUGUCUGGACGGGAUCGUCAAAGCUGCCGAGAGCAUCGACGAAGGCGCCGAUUCCGAAGCUGUGAUCGAGAAAUACAAAUCGGGUUUCGAACCACCCGGCGACGUGCCGUUCGAUGACCUGAGCGCCAACCGCCAGAACGGCAGCGACGGCGACACCAACUCCCUGCCAGGGUACAACUCCUCCAGCAACGCCACUCCUGGCUCUCAUGGGUACCCAGCACACCGGUCUGAUACCGUUAAAGGAACCAUUUCUGCCGCCAAACUUCGCAAGCGAGCCAAUCUAUUCACCGGACUUUUCGGCUCUAAUAAGCACAACAAUUCUUCCACCCAUGAUAAGGAGGACUUCAGUGAACUCCCGCCCACUCAACGACGGAAGAAAAUACAACAGAAAAUGGAAGAGAUCACGAGCAAGUUGAACCAAGAGACAGCCGCCAGGGAUGCGCUGUUGAAGAUGAAGGAAGUUUACGAAGCAAAUCCUUCACUGGGCGACCCUCUGACCAUCACAGGCCAGCUUUCCGAGUCUUACUCUACCAUCGAGAAACUCAAAGGCGAUCUCGUCAAGUACCAAACGAUGCUCGAUAAUCCUGAGCCUCCACAACCUUCACCCACACCUCCCAGUCGACACUCCCACUCUGGGAGUCUAACUCCAAACUCCCACCUCCAUCAGGCCAACGGAAGCCAUUCUUCGUCCCCUCGUAACGGGGCUGUUGUGGGAGUUGGACAUGGAUCAUCCCCACGCUCCUCCAUCAACUCCCACCGAACUUCCCUAAGCGACGAGUCUAUUUCUCGUUCGUCUCACAGCCCCGAGAGCGGCAUAAGUCUAAGUCACAAUUCCCUGCACGGCUCCGAGACUGGCGGUAUGAACGGCGGCUCUAGUCUACACGCCAACCCCAGCGCUCUGCACUCCAACUCCAACGCUCUCCACACCAGCGGCCUCUCACAAACAGACUCUGUCGACUUGGCCGACGACGCUGCCGAUGAUUCUGCCGAGUUUUAUGACCUCGACCCCUUGCCUGUUAUCGGGUCGUGCCGAGCUCUCUUUAAUUUCGAUGGCUUGAGUGAAGGCAGCAUGGCACUCGCUGAAGGCGACGAGCUGCUUGUCAUAGAGCUGGACGCCGGGGACGGCUGGACGCGCGUCAGGAGAGGUCCUCCCGACGGCACAGAGGGCUUCGUGCCGACCUCAUACAUCCAAGUUACUCUUAACCCGGACUGUUGAAACCGUCAGCGUCCUCUCCAUAGCCUAAUUAGCCAUUCCUACAUACAAGUCACUCUUAACCCGGACUGUUGAAGCGGUCAAUAUUAUCCUCAUAUCCUCACAAGCCAAUCCUACAUCCAAGUUAUUCUUAACCCAAACUAACAGAUUACCUUUAUAGUCCUGACAUUUUCGCAUAUUUUACCUUGAUUCGUCUAUCAAUACGAAUGUUUUUAACAAACUAUUAAAACGAUCAAUGUUAUACUUUUAGCUUAGAAAUUGCCAUCUUGACGGUCGAAAUCAGUCAUACAAUCUUUUAAGUCUAGAAAUUUUCUUACUUUUAAUCUCGUUUUCAUAAGGAUCAACAGCGUGAUUUUUUUAAAUGUAGUCGUGGAUGAUUUGGUUAUCUUUACUUGACACUCUUCUCGCGAGUACCUACACAUUUUAAACAAUCUUCUAUGGGAUCUUGCAGUUUCGUUUGUUUUGCCUAAGGAAUCGUGUUAUGUAUCUCAUGCAUUUUCCAGGCUUGGUAAUAUUUGACCAAAAUGACACUUGUAAAGUGUGUUCUACUUUUAGAAAAAUAUUUUACUUUAUGAUGACCAACACCGAUUCUUAGUUUGCUUUUUAUUUAAACAUUUUAUAACGCAGUUUGCGAUUAAAUUAUACUAUGGCUUCCAAAACUAUCAUAGUAGAAAUAUUCCCUAAUCGACCGAAAACUCGUUUACAUUUUUACUUAUUGGACAUGGGUAGAAAUCUUUCCUCUGAGUUGAUUAGAGUUCUUCAUUUUCAAAUAGCAUGAUAUUUUU